AUGCGAGCUGAAUGCUGGAGGCUGAACAAUAUGAAUGACAGACAGCGACAAGGUCCUAAUAGCAGUGGGAGGUAUAAGAGCUGGGGAUACCAGCACAAUAGAAACAGCGGUGACUAUACUAACCGUAGGGAAUAUUCACCACCGAGUCCAAGCAGAUACUAUAGUGGUACCAACAGAAACUCGCAAGACUACAGGAAUAGAUCUUUAAACCAAGGAAGUAGGCUGUCAUUUAAUAAUAUUGAAAGGCAGAAAAAUAAUAACGGUGAUACGGAAGCGAAACAAAUAGUAGCUACUGCCCGUGAUGCUAAUGGAAGAUUAUUUUAUUUCCCAGCGGUAUUGAAUGGGAAAGACACACUUUGCCUAAGGGAUACAGGCUGUACAACAUUGAUUGUUGACAAAGCAAUGGUAAAAGAAUCAGAUUACACCGGAGAAGUACAAGAGGUCAGGUUAGCUAAUAGGAUGUCUAUCCAUUGUGAUAUGGCGAAGAUUGAAAUAGACUGCCCAUGGGUUACGGGUUCAUUCACAGCAGUUGUGAUGGAGAACCCUAUUUGUCCUCUAAUAAUUGGCAACAUCCCGGGUAUUCCGGAUGACUCAAUGAAAUUUUUAGAAGCAUGGCAAGCCAAGAAAGGUAAGAUGGUUGUAAACGCCAUUAUACAGGAUGAUAACGCAGAGAAGCUAAAACCUAUAGUACAAACGCACUUAACAGCGCCUGAGAUGGCAAGGCUACAAAAAGAGGAUGGAGUCACAAAAAAACUGAUGAAUAACAUCAAUAAACGACAAGGAAAAAUAUUUCAGAAUAACAGCAUUAAAAGGACACAAAUAGUCAUUCCAGAGAAACUGAAAGGUCUAGUCUUGGAGACAGCACAUGAUAGUCCUUUGGCGGGGCACAUGGGAGUCAGGAAAACUAUGAAUAGAAUCCUUGACAACUCGUUCUGGCCGGGAAUCCAUCAGGAUGUAAAAAGAUACAUUGGUAAAUGCAAGCAAUGUAUAACUAAAAAUCAUCUACACAGCAAACAUAUUGCUCCUAUACAGCCAACUGAUAAAAUAGGAAGGGUGUUUGAGAAAGUGGCUAUAGACAUAGUAGGACCUCUACCAAUUGCAUCAAAAAAAGGUCACAGAUUUAUUCUAACUCUAAUAGACAUGGCGUCCAGAUGGCCAGAAGCUAUACCCCUAAGGGAUAUAAAAUCCGAAACUAUAUGUUCUGCAUUAUUAGACAUUUUUUCAAGAUAUGGUUUUCCUGAAACUCUGCUGUCAGACAACGGCAAACAAUUUACCUCUAAUGUGACUAAUGCAUUAACAAAGCUGCUGCAGAUCACUCAGGUACACUCGACCAUCUACAGACCGCAAGCAAACGGUAUGUGUGAACGGUGGAAUAAGACUCUCAAAGUAAUGCUAGCAAAAGCUACAGAAGAUCAUCCUAAGGAGUGGAAUGAGUAUAUUCCGGCGAUACUGUUCGCCUAUAGAGGAACAGUGCAUGACGCGACGGGGUACUCGCCAUUUGAAUUAAUGUUUGGAUCAAAUCCAAGAGGGCCGCUUUCGUUGCUAAAUGAUAGAUUACUUGGCACUCAAAUCACUGAACAAGAUACUUUUGAGUUCAUUACUGAAAAGAAAAGCAAAAUGGUAUAUGGAUUACAAUCUGCUCAACAAAAUGCGGAGGGAGAGGCAGGCAGACAGAGAAAAUUGAAAAACAAAAAUAGAUACCUCAGGCAAUUGAAGGAGACAGACAAUGUCUAUGUUUGGCUACCUACCUGGAAAGGGGUCAAAUUAUGGCAGGGACCAUUUGUGAUUAAAAAGAAAGUGAACGAAGUAGAUUAUGCUGUGGACAUCAAAGGCACAAUAAAGAUAGUACAUGUUGAUCUACUGAGGAAAUACGAUAACAUGCCUGAUCAGAUAACUCAAGGGAUGGAGGACAUUAAUACACAUGACACUGACAUAAAUGAGGAAGUUGGUCGUGAUGAAGAACUGUCAAAACGUCAAAUAGAAGAACAAUCUAGCGUAGUAAUUAUAGAGGAACAACCUACCUUAGCGAACAUAAUUCAAACAGAAGAAGAAAUCCAGCAAAUUACUCCGCUGAAGUACAGAAAAGAACUACAGCAGUUAUUGAACGAAUUCAAAGAUGUCAUUACUGAAGAUACUGGCUACACAAGAACAAUUACUCAUGUCAUAGAAUUAAACAAGGAUGCUAAUUUCAAAAAGAAACAAUAUGCAGUACCUUAUGCAUACAGAGAAGCAGUGAAGAAAGAAUUAAAUCAUUUGAUCGAAACUAACAAAAUACAACGCUCAAAUUCAUCUGUAGCUUCACCAAUGGUGAUAGUAAAAAAGAAGAAUGGAAAAGUAAGAAUUUGCUGUGACUAUAGAGAUUUGAAUAAAAUCACGAAAAUAGACGCAGAACCACUGAGAGAUACAAAUGAACUAUUGGAAGAGAUAGGGAACUCAACAAUUUUCACUCAUCUGGACUUAAACCGAGGUUUUUGGCAAAUAGGUAUGGAUGAGGAAUCCAAACAAUACACAGCGUUUACAACUGAUGAAGGAUUAUUUGAGUGGAAUGUUAUGCCUUUUGGCCUAGUAAAUUCAACAGCAACAUUCUCCAGAUUUAUGAGAAUAAUGCUGGCAGAUAUAAAGAAUGUCGUACAUUUUGUAGAUGACAUAUGUAUCCAUUCUAAGGAUAUCAAGACACAUAUGCAGUCAGUUAGAGAGGUACUAACAAAAUUAAGGGAGCAUGGCGCGUCUAUUGCACCUGAAAAGUUAAAAUUUGCAAAUGAAGAAAUGGAUUUUUUGGGAUUCAAAGUAGGCAAAAAUCAAAUUAGACCUACUGACGGAAAUAAAAAUAAAAUUCUCAACUUAGAAAUACCUAAAACCAAGAAAGAAGUCAAAGGUGUAUUGGGUCUAUUUAAUUUCUACAGCAAAUUCAUACCCAAGUACUCAGAUAUAACUCUACCUCUAAGACAGCUAAUUACCAAGGGCAGCAGUAGAACAAUAAAUUGGUCUAAAGAAUGUCAGGAUGCUUUACAGCUAAUAAAGCAGUACUUUGAACAUGAAGUAACGCUUACUGCCCCUAACUUUGAGAAGACACUAACACUGGUAACGGAUGCUUCAAAUUAUGGAUUGGGUGAAUGUUUAAUGCAAGAAGUGGACAAGGUACUACGGCCUAUAUUUUAUCUGAGUAGGUCACUAAACAAAACGGAACAAAACUACUCAACUGUGGAGAAAGAAUGUCUGGCCAUUGUAUGGUCCAUGACCAAACUGCAGAAAUACUUAUUAGGAAGAAAAUUCAUUCUCCUCACCGAUCACAAGCCAUUGUUAGCUAUGAACAACAAACGGAUAGCCAACAGCAAGAUAAACAGAUGGUUAUUGAUUCUGCUGGAUUUUCAGUAUGAAAUUAGGUCUAUAAAAGGGAAGGAUAAUGUAGUAGCAGAUUUUUUGUCUCGGCAAAAUGUUGACAUGACCUCCCCUGAAGUCGUGCUAUCAGAUCUUCAAGCAGACACCAUCUACAAAUACAACAUUAAAGCGGUCAAUUCUGUUGGUGAUGAAAGUGCUGAAGUAGAAGGGAAUUUUGAAACAGGAUCAUCAGAUGCCCCCAGCGGAAAAUCAAAUCCUCCACAGAAAAUGGACGAUCUAAAAAUCCAGAGUGCAAAGGGAGAAGUUGCCGACAGAAGAAGACCUGGAGGCUUGACCUGGAAAAAGACACAAACUCAGCCCGACAUUGGGAUGAUAACAGGUGCAACAGUUGGAUCCUUGGUUUUUGUUGUUCUUCUGGUAAUUGCUAGUAUCCCAAUUUAUGGUAGAAUAUUUCAUUGGAAUGCAAAAACUGGACAAAAUACAAGGAACCGCGAAGAACGACCCGAUUCAACACACGAAAACGAAGAGGCCUAUGAUUCUCUUGACGACACAAUAAACCAGAUGUGUGUCGAUGCAGACCACUAUGACAAGUACAAUAUGUUACGAGGAAUAAAUCCUGAAUUUGUCCAAGUCAACUCACCACCUCUACCCCCACGUCCACAACCGAAUCAGUAUAUUGAUUUAGGACUUGUGCCCAUCAAAAAUACAAAACACAGCUUGAAUGACAUAUCAAUAGAUUUAAUGAAUACUGGCGUUACUAGUGAUUCACAAGAAGAAGAUAAUGCUGAAGAAACUGAUCUAAUAGAAAGUAACUUUUUGAGGUUAAACGACACAUCAAAUGUAGAUUGUACUGAAGCAUGUGAGUCAUCGGAGUUGAAGAUCGACUCAGUCAAUCCAACAGAAGAAUCUAGUGAAAACCUCGAUGAAAUUAGUGGAGAAUCAGAAACAACGUCUACAAUGAACGGCUACCAUUCCUUAAUGACAUAA